CGCAUCGUCAACCUGUGUUUAUCGAGUCUUGUUCUUGGAGUAUGCUCAAUUUACUACAUCUUCGUCGUCGAUCAUGCAAUCCAGGUUCUCAACGCUGUUUGGCCGACGUUACAACUCAGCAAACUUACCUACCUCAUCAUUGCUAUUGUGCCAUUCACGCUGCUUUCGUAUGUCAGAGUCCAUCUGAGCAAUACUGUAAAGGCUGCUGAUGCAGAUAAUUUGUACAAUAACAUCUACAAUAAGAAUAGGAAGCAAGGAGCGGAAGCUUCGAAUGACUUAAUUUGCAUACCGUAA